CCAUGAGGGAUCUGGACGAGAUCACCUCCUUCCUGGGCACAUGGGGGCCUUUCCAGCGCCUGGUCUUCUUCUCCCUGGCCUUCAGCAUCCUGCCCAAUGGGUUCAUUGGCAUUUACAUCGUGUUUGUGGCCGACACGCCACCCCAUGAGUGUUUGGUCCCGGAGGAGAGCAACAUCAGCGAGAGCUGGAGGAACGUGAGUGUUCCCCUGGAGUUGCAGGACGGGGCGCUGAAGCGCAGCUCCUGUAGCAGAUACAGGCUGGACCUCCUCAGGAACUUCUCCCGGCUCAACUACGCCCCCGACGUGGACGUCAACGUGAGUCAGAUUCAGCAGGAGGGCUGUCUGGAUGGCUGGAAGUACAGUAAAGAGAUCUACCAGUCCACCAUCGUCACUGAGUGGGAUCUUGUUUGCAAGGAUGAGUACAAAGUACCGCUGACAACUUCAAUCCACUACAUGGGAGCGCUAGUGGGCACUUUCCUGUCAGGGCAGAUGUCAGACAGGUUUGGCAGGCGGCCCAUGCUCUUUAUCACAAUGGCCUUGCAGACGGUGACGACGUUCGCUCAGAUCUUCUCGCCCAAUUGGGAGGUCUUCGCCGCCACCUUCUUCUGCGUGGGCUUCGGCUCCAUCUCCAACUAUCUGAUCGCCUACAUUAUGGGUUGUGAGACCCUGGGCCCGAGGGAGCGCGUGGUCUUCAGCUCUCUAGGGGUGUUCAUGGGUUCGGCGCUGGGCUACAUGGCCAUGCCUCCCGUGGCCUACCUCCUGCGUGAGUGGAGAUGGCUGGUCGCCACCAUGGCUGCUUCGGGGGUGCUCUACAUUCCUCUGUGGUGGCUGAUUCCUGAGUCGCCUCGCUGGCUUCUGUCCCAGGGGAGAGUGGAGGAGGCUGAGGCCAUACUGAGAGAUGCAGCCAGGAUGAACAAAGUCCCCGUGCCAGAGGUCAUCUUCACACCCGCUGAGAUUGAAAAUGUCCUUGCAAAGAAAGCUACAAAAUACCCAAUUCUUGAUGUGCUGAGAAGCUUCAACCUCUGUUCAAUGGCAGGACUUUGUGCCCUGCUAUGGAUGAUCAUCACACUAGCCUACUUCAGCCUGGUUCUGAACACUGCCAACCUGGUGGGAAGCCCCUACCUCAACACCUUCCUGUCUGCCGUGGUGGAAGUGCCCGCCUACAUCAUCGCCAUGCUCCUGCUCAAGUUCUGCUCCCGGCAUCUGUGCCAGUCCUCCACCCUGCUCCUAGGGGGCGCUGUGAUCCUCACCAUAAACUUUGUCCCCACAGACUUAUCAAGCCUGGCCAUCUUCCUGGAGAUGAUGGGUAAGUUUGGCAUCACGGCAGCGUUCUGUGUGGUCUACGCCGUCACCUCUGAACUCUUCCCCACCGUGGUCAGAAACACUGCCAUGGGGAUCUGCUCGAUGGCUGCUCGCAUCGCCACCAUCCUAUCCCCCUUCACCGUUUAUCUGGGGAAAUUUUACAAUUUCCUGCCGUACAUUAUAAUGGGGAGUCUGGCAGUCUGUGGUGGGCUGCUGUGUUUCCUCCUACCUGAGACGUAUGGCAGAGUCCUACCAGAUACCAUGAGUGAAAUGCAGACCAUGAAAGGCUUGAAGAAAUGCAAAGCUUCAGAUCAGAAUGACGGACACCUCCAGAAUGCGCAAAAAGAAGCAAGGCUCUAAUCAUGAAUGUCCUCAUUUUAAAACAUUUUAUUUAAGAGGAUUUUUUUGCAUUUACA